ACAUCAAAUCUACUUAACACCGAGAUCCCACCGUUAUUAGUUCAGUCCAGGUGAGUCAUGGUGCAGCUGUAUUGUUGGGGAGACAGCUCCAGUGGACAGUUUGGUCCACAGAAAGUGUCCAGUCCGGUAUCCUGGACUGUCCCCGGGGUUAUAAUCGACAUCUGCUGUGGGGACCAACACACUUUAUUCCUCACCGCGGAUGGAGGCGUUUUAUCAUGUGGACACAACUCACGGAGGCAGCUUGGACGAAAGAAAUGUAACGAUGGAAAGACACCACGUCGUGUGGAUGGGCUGGGUGAUGUGGUGUCGCUGGCUUGUGGUCAGGACCACAGUCUGGCUGUGUGUGCGUCUGGACAUGUGUUUUCCUGGGGAGCAGAAGAGGAUGGACAGCUAGGCCUUCCCCCGCAUUCACUGUGCCAGAGUAACAGACCAAGACAGGUGCCCAUACCAAUGCCAGUGCCAGUGAUUCAAGUUGCCUGCGGAAACUCCCAUUCCCUGGCCCUGACUAAAGGAGGAGAUGUUUUCUCGUGGGGUUUGAACAGUCAUGGUCAGCUGGGCCUGGGCAAGGAGGUGAAGCUGCAGUACACUCCGGUCCUGGUGUGCGCUCUCACUGGUGUGGCAGUCACCCAGAUUUCAGCUGGAGCAACCCACACUUUGUUCCUCACACUCCCAGGCCUGGUGUACUGCUGUGGGGCCAAUAGAUCCGGACAGCUGGGGCUCAACAGGGUGGAUGAAAAUGGCAGGUUCAACAUCUGCUUAGUGCCUGCCCUCAGACCUCUGGGUGUUGCCUUCAUAAGCUGUGGAGAGGAGCACUCUGCCGUGUUAACAAAGGAUGGUGAGGUUUUCACUUUUGGAGAGGGACGCUACGGUCAGCUCGGUCACAACUCCACCGCUAAUGAGCUGGCACCCAGACUGGUCAGCGGUCUGGGAGGACGUGCCUCACAGAUUUCAUGUGGCAGACGUCACACCCUGGUUUUGGGAUGCUCUGGCCAGGUGUGGGCUUUUGGCAACGGAGACAAAGGUCAAACUGGGACUGGACAGACAGAGGACAGUCUCACUCCCACUCUGGUACAGCUUCCAUUGACCACAGACGGUGCAGCAGCCAUGCCCAAAGCAGACUUGAAAAUAUCAGCUGGUUGGAAUACAAACUUCACGUACACUUCUACACAGACCUUGACCCGGGGACAGAUAAAUGGACGGCUGGAUGAAGCAAAACUGCAAAAAUGGCUGACAAUGAGACACAGCAACAAAGAGGCAGAGAGAGAAGUAUUUAAUAUGUUUUUCACAAGUUCAAGCCUCGUUGCAAGUUUCACCAAGGCCAAGCCUUCGUCAAAAGCAGGUGUCUUCACUGUGGACCUUGAGGCAGCUGGCCGAGCUUUCGACCAGCUUCUGGCAAUACCGUGGAUCAAAAAAUCAGUAAACCUUCAAGUCCUGAUUGAUCUGCUUGUGGCCUCAACAACUGCCCUAAAAUCACCUGAGAUUUUCCUGAUCCUGCUGACGUGUCCCCUUCUGCAAGAGGACACUCAUGUCAUGAACGUCGUGCUGCCAUUGGCUAUUGUUAUCUCAGAUCUAAAUGAGAAGAAUCGGACAGCACUAAAGGACUGGUGGUCUUCCCUGACACCCUCAAUACUAACAAAGCACAUCAUGGUCUUCAGAAACGCCCUGGCCUUCAUGCUGAGAAAUGGUCUUUUGGAAACCCACAGCCCAGGAGUCAGAUACCUGCUGGAAGCCCUCAAGCUGCUCUACAAAGCAAACAAAGUUGGAAAGUCCUACAAAGUCCCACUGAGCACCUUUUACGUAGAGGAAGUCAGUCAGAACGUUGAUCCAGUUGUGGACAUCACUCUUUGGUGGGAAUCCUCUAAGGUGGAGGAUGAUGACCACACACCCACCAUUUUUUGCCGCUACCCAUUUGUGUUCAAUCUGGUUUGCAAGGUGGCAGUUUUUAAUGUGUCUGCAGCAAUAAUGAAGCAGUCGCAUUAUUUGAUUCGUGAAUGGGCCUUGAUGAACAUAUUGGAUGUAGAUUCUCCCCCGGCCCAUAUCUUCCAGCUAACUCUGAGACGAACCCACCUGGUUGAAGACACCUUUAGACAGCUCGGUGCAGCCGACCACUCCACCUUCAAAAAGGAGCUUGUGGUGCAGUUUGUGGAUGACAGGAAGGUGAUGCAAGUCAACAAGAAGGACUUCUUUCUGCAUGUGUUUGAUGAGCUGAUAGCACCAGAGUCUGAAAUGUUCAUGUACAACGAGAGCAAGACUCUGGCCUGGUUUCCUCCCAGACCAAAACUGGACGAGAAGACUUACUUCCUGUUUGGGGUUCUGUGUGGCCUGGCUCUCUACAACCACAACAUUGUCCACAUGCCCUUCCCACUGGUUGUCUUCAAGAGGCUGCUCAGAGUCAAGCCCUCACUGGAUGACCUGAAGGAGUUUGAACCUGGUGUGGCAGAGUCUUUCCGGUGCAUCCUGGAGGACUACACUCCUGAUGAAGUCGAAAGUCUGGAAACUACUUUCACGGUGACCUGGGGUGGUGAGACUGUUGAGCUUGAUCCAGCAGAAGCUGGAAAACUUGUCACAGGGUCAAACAGGAAGGAGUUUGUGGCGGCCUUUGUCAACUAUGCCUUCAACAAAUCAGUAGAGGGAGUGUUUGAAGAGUUCAAGAGAGGGUUCUUCAAGGUGUGUGACAGGGAUGUGGUGGACUUCUUCCAGCCGGAAGAGCUGCAAGCAGUGAUGGUGGGCCAUGAAGAAUACGACUGGGAGGUGUUCAAGCAGAACGCAGUUUAUGAGGGACAUUACCAUGCUGAGCAUCCGAACAUUGUGACCUUCUGGGAGGCGUUCGAGAAACUGACAGCAGAGGAAAAGAAAAAGUUCCUUUUGUUCCUCACGGGCUGUGACCGUGUGCCCUUCUUGGGUAUGGAGAGCAUCAAGAUGACCGUCGCCGUCUUGCCUGACGGCACCGAUCACCACUUGCCAGAAUCCCUCACCUGUCAUAAUCUAUUGCUCCUGCCCAUCUACCAGAGAUAUCCAGUAGAGAGGACAAUGCAGAUCAGGCUCCUUCAGGCUAUUAAUCACAGCAGGGGCUUCGGUAGGGAAAACACUAGAGGAGCAAGGGUUCAUUAAAACCACUUGAGUUCGUUCAUUUCCCUUCUGAAUGUAGAUGUGCUGUCAUUUUUUGUUCCACACGUUAAUUGCAGAACGUGUGAACGUGUGAAACAAACCUAUGGCAAGUUGCAAACCAAGCAUGCACAGGGAGGAGAUACCGGAAGGAAAUAAACGUGUCCUGAGUGCCUGGCACUUUAAUCACACACGAUGCUUUAAUUAAAAAAAUAAAUCACUGCUAUCAAGUAUCCAGAUCACGUGGAUUGUUAUCAGGCAAAUCUUUCUUCACUUCAGAUGCCAGCUCACUGCCAUUGCUUUCAGUCACUGCCACGCCUCUGCGGAGAUGAUUACUUUACGUGACGACUCUCUCAGCAUUAGUUUCUCUUUCUGUUCAUGUUAUACUAGCUUUAAUUAUAGGAACAUACGUUACAUUUGUGUCAUUAAAUAAAAAUGGAAAUGUUUAGAA